AAAGGCUCCAUUUGAUCAAAAUAUAAGGAAGGAAAGAUUGUGGGGAGUACUGUUUUCCAGCAAGGGUAUCUUCUCUACCGUUGAUCAUGGAGGAGGAAACGUCAUGGAUCACUGACUGCUUUGAUGACAUUGGGCGGAAAUUUACAGAUAUUUCAGAGUUUGAGUCAUUAUCUGAGAUUGGCGAUGAAAGCAAUAAUCUAAACCCAGUGAUUUCUACAGAUUUUAUUCUCCCUGAUGAUUUAUUGGAACGAAUCCUUGCCUAUCUUCCUAUUGCAAGCUUCUUUAGAGCAGGUUGUGUGUGUAAAAGAUGGAAUGAGAUUGUAAAUUCCAGAAGGUUAAUUGUUUUAUAUCAGAAACCUUGGUAUUUUAUGUUUACCAGCUCUGAUGAACCGAUAGGAUAUGCCUAUGAUCCAGUGUUCCGGAAAUGGUAUGGUUUGGAGCUCCCCUGCAUUGAGACAUCUAACUGGUUUAUUGCUUCUUCUUGUGGGUUGAUCUGCUUCAUGGACAAUGAGAGUAGAAGCCAGCUAUUUGUUUGUAACCCUAUUACGAAAGAUUAUAAGAGGCUUGAUGAGCCUCCGGGUUUGAAAUAUUCUGACUACAGUGCUCUUGCAAUCUCAGUUAAUAGGCUAUCUCACAGUUACACUGUUGCAAUUGCAAAAUCCAAGCAGGUUCCUGAUAAUUUCUUCCAGUGGGAUCUCUCGAUCGAUAUCUACGACUCAGAAGCAAUGACAUGGGUGACUUCUGCUAGAGAUGUUUUGACGGGGUGGAGAGGAGGCGAUGAGAGUGUGAUCUGUGAUGGAGUUCUAUACUUUUUGAUUUACUCAACUGGAGGUAGUGUGGGUUGGCUUGACCGCCAUGGCUUGAUUAUGUAUGAUCUGUCUAGCCGAUCUUCCCAUGGUAUGCUGGAGCGGAUUCUUGUACCCUGCUCUCUCACCUGUGGCCGCCUAAUGAACCUUAAGGAGAAGUUGGUGAUGGUGGGUGGGAUUGGUAAACCAGACCGACCAGACAUAAUAAAGGGGAUCGGCAUUUGGAUUUUGAACGGAAAAGAGUGGCAGGAGGUCUCAAGGAUGCCCCACAAGUUCUUUCAAGGAUUUGGGGAGUUUGAUGAUGUCUUUGCCAGUAGCGGAACUGAUGAUCUUAUUUACAUCCAGAGCUAUGGAGCUCCCGCUCUUCUUGUGUUUGAUAUGAACCAGAAGCAAUGGAAGUGGUCACAGAAGUGCCCUGUGACAAAGAGGUUCCCACUUCAGCUCUUCUCUGGUUUUUGCUUCGAACCAAGGCUUGAAGUUGCUCCCUGACUCUGGGCCUGUUUUCUUUUGUGCUUAAUCCUGGUAAUUGAAAAUUUAAUGUUCCUCAUUUGUUAGUUAUUUUGGAAUUGAAGUCUCUGGAAAAGUCUAAAGAAAGUGAACUUGUGGAUAGGGCUUUUGCUUAUUCAUGAAACGUAAAUUGUAUUCUUUGCUUUUGGAGGUAUCAUGGGAAGAGUUAAAAAUUGAGAGUUGUGACCUUGUACAA